AUGACUGUGGACAAGAUUGAACUGCCACUGGAACCGGCCUCUGAAAAUGCCGAGAGUUAUAAGAUAGGGGAUGCUCAGCAAGUCAAUGAGCUUCGCCGUGAUUUGAGACCCAGUCAUGUUUUUAUGUUCUCUAUCGCAUGCUCUAUCGGAACGGGCCUCGUCAUUGGGUCCGGACAGGCCUUAGCUAGGGGUGGUCCAGGCAGCUCUCUGCUCGGAUAUGUCAUCAUAGGCUCUGUGGUCUUUUCGGUCAUGACGGCACUUGGUGAAAUGGCAACUUUUCUUCCGAUGAAUAAAGGAUUUGGUGGAUAUGCCACUCGUAUGGUUGAUCCGGCUCUGGGCUUUGCGACCGGAUGGAACUAUUUUUUUAAAUAUAUUAUCGCCGCUCCCACAAAUCUUACCGCUGCUGGGCUUGUCAUUGAGUACUGGAGACCCGACUUAAACGUGGCGAUUUGGAUUGCAGUAUUUGGGGUUGUUGUAGUCACCAUCAACCUGUUUAACGUGAGAGUUUUCGGAGAGAUUGAGUUCUGGGCGGGAGGUAUUAAGGUCUGUAUAAUGAUUAUACUGAUCUUGACCUGCUUUAUUGUUGCUGUUGGUGGAGGGCCAAAUCACCAUGUGUCUGGAUUUGGGUAUUGGAACAGUCCAGGGGCAUUCGCAGAAUAUAUCCUGACCGGCCCCAAAGGUCGACUUCUGGGGUGGUGGGCGUGUAUACGUCAAGCCUGUUUUGCAUUUACUGGGACCGAGGUCGUCGGUAUGACAUUUGGAGAGAUGUCGGAUCCUCGGAAAAAUGUCCCUCGUGCUGUGAAGCAGACAUUUUGGAGAAUCUUUUCCUUCUACAUCCUUGGGAUCCUUGUCCUUGGAAUGGCUCUUCCUUACGAUAGCAGUGAUCUUCUCAGUGCGACCACCAGUUCGACUAGUGCUGAUGCAAGUCCAUUUGUCGUUGCUAUCAGAAAUGCUGGUAUUAAAGUUUUGCCCGAUUUUACCAACGCAUCUCUUUUGGUUUUCACCUUGAGCGCAGCAAGUUCAGAUAUCUACUGCGCAUCUAGAUCCCUUUACGGACUUUCUCGCGACCGACAAGCCCCCGCUAUAUUUUCAAAAACAGUCGGAAAGGGAAUUCCGAUAUUUGCAACUUCCAUCUCAGCUGCCUUCAUCGCAAUCGGUUUCAUGAAUGCGAGCAAGUCAUCCUCGUCAGUCUUCGACGACCUUGUAUCAUUAGUGACAGUCUUCGCUGGCUUGAACUGGCUGGCCAUAUUGGUAUCACAUAUAGGCUUUCGUCGAGGACUUGCUCGACAAAAUAUCGCGGUGUCUGAGCUUCCAUACGUCGGGAUUUUACAGCCAUAUGCAAGCUACUAUUCACUUGCUGUUACAAUGACUGUCCUUUUUUUCAAUGGGUAUAACGCAUUUAUCCCUCACUUCAAGAUAGAUAUUUUCAUUCUCAGCUACCUCGGGAUACUUUUGUUUAUUCUUAAUAUCCUUUUGUGGAAGUUCUGGAAAAAGACCAAGCGUGUGCGAGGAUCCACGAUGGAUUUGGUCACAGGUCGUAGAGAUGAUUAA